CGGGCCCGGGCCGCCACUGCCACCUCGGCCGCUGCCGCCGCCUUGAUUCCCCACCCCCCGCCAUGGCCGAGGACCUCUCCGCGGCCACUUCCUACACCGAAGAUGAUUUCUACUGCCCCGUCUGUCAGGAGGUGCUCAAAACGCCGGUGCGGACCGCGGCCUGUCAGCACGUUUUUUGUAGAAAAUGUUUCCUGACUGCAAUGAGAGAAAGUGGAAUACAUUGUCCUCUCUGUCGUGGAAAUGUGACUAGAAGAGAAAGAGCAUGUCCUGAACGGGCCUUAGACCUUGAAAAUAUCAUGAGGAAAUUGUCUGGUAGCUGCAGAUGCUGUGCAAAACAGAUUAAAUUCUAUCGCAUGAGACAUCAUUACAAAUCUUGUAAGAAGUAUCAAGAUGAAUAUGGUGUUUCUGCUAUCAUUCCAAACUUUCAGAUCUCUCAAGAUUCAGUAGGGAACAGUAACAGGAGUGAAACAUCCACAUCUGAUAACAUAGAAACUUAUCAAGAGAAUACAAGUUCUGGGCAUCCCACCUUUAAGUGUCCCUUGUGUCAAGAAUCAAAUUUUACCAGACAGCGUUUACUGGAUCACUGUAACAGUAAUCACCUAUUUCAGAUAGUUCCUGUGACAUGUCCUAUUUGUGUAUCUCUUCCUUGGGGAGAUCCUAGCCAGAUUACUAGAAAUUUCGUUAGUCAUCUAAAUCAAAGACAUCAGUUUGACUAUGGAGAAUUUGUGAAUCUUCAGCUAGAUGAGGAAACCCAGUAUCAAACUGCUGUGGAAGAAUCUUUUCAAGUAAACAUCUGAAGGCUGUAGACAUCUGUGCAUCUUUGUACCUGCAAGUGCCAUCUUUAAGGAGAAAACUACAAGCAGUCAGCAUUUCAAUAACUUGAUGUGUGUAUUAAUAAAAGUAAUUCAGUCUAUUGUUUUAGUUUUUAAAUUGAAAAAUAAAGGUGGGCUAUCUAAAAAUUUCAUUCUCUUGGUAAGUUAAAAAAUGAAUGUUAGGACAUUAUCUUUAAAAGCAUUAAAAGGAUUAUAUUUCAUUAAUGUAAUGGCGAAAGGGAAUUCUUUCUGUACUUUAUCAUUUUUAUAUUACAUUCUUGAAUUUUUCCUUAUGUUGCUUUUGUAGUUUGGUGCGGUUUCUCCCAUUGAUGUUAUCGUACACAAGUAACACACAGUAGCAAAUGCUGAAAGAUGUGAUUGAUAUAAAACUAACAAAUCUGAGCCAGUUAUCAGAGUUGCAGAACGGAGGAGACUUGAAGUGCUAAGUGAAACAAUCCAAAGGAAAAAUUUUUAAUACAGAUUCUAGCUGAAGAAUUCAACUAUAAGAACAUGAUAUUUAUAUAACAUUUAGUAUUUUCGAAGACUAGUGAGAUUUCUUUAAUAAUUUUAACUGUUUAAAAAGUGAAAGGUCAAUGUAAAGAUACUUCCUUUUUUGAUAUUAGAAGGAACUAUCAAGAGAAAAAUUUAUUUCUUUGGCGAGCAGUUGCUAAUUUCAAAUCUUGUUUGUUUGGCUGACUAAUUUAUAAGCCUAAAGUAUAUUAAGUUGAAUUACAGCUCUUUGGAUUCAGAAUUUUCAAUAGCCAGAUUUCUCAUUAGCUAAGAUGAAACUUUUAUUAGAAACUUUCAGUUGGUGACUCAGUUGUAUGUUCUACGUAUAUAUUUAAGUGAGAAGUUUGGUUUCAUCUCAGUUGAGAAAUUUAAGCAAAGCUAAAGAUGUAUAUGUAUAAUACACACACACACAUAUGCAUGCAGUUUAUCAGGUUACAUACAGAAUUUCUAUUGAGAUUUUAAAAAUAGAUAAAGCAAUAUGGGAUUUAAGUGUUUACCUGAUUUGAUCAACAUUUUGUAUAUCACCACAUUUUUAAAAAGUCACAGUCAAAUGCUAAGUGAUCUAGUUGGCUGCUGUUACACCUUAAAAAUUGAGUUUAUACACACACUCAGUUAUCUGUUUAUAUGGUGCUCAUUUGUUCUCAGAUAACGCAUAACUAUGAAGCAGUGAGACACAUUUUACCAGCCAUUCUGUUUCACUACUUUUUAGUCAGACGGUUUGCUUGUUCUUAGUAUUUGUUAAUGAGAAUCAUAAAGUAACUUGUACUAGAAGGCCCAAAUCACAGAAUAAAAGAUGAAGAGUGGAUUAGCUGACAUUCCAUACUAAUAUACAUUGUUUAUGCUUUCUUUAAAAUAAAACUAAAAGAACAUAAAAUCUCAGAAGUAGUUGCUGCUAAUAUAUACAUAUAUUGUAUAAAAUGGUAUAUUUUGGUUUUGUUAAAACCCUUGUUGACUUUUCUACAGUGAACCUUUUUUUAACUUGGUUUAAUAAAAAUGUUAAUUUUGGAAGUGGAGUUUUGUAAAAACGUUUUUCAGUCAAACAGUAAUGACUUUAUGGGUAGUAAUAACAGUCACCAAAAAGCCAUACAUCUUAAUGAACUAAUGCCUUUGUUCUGUCAUUCAAAAGAGUGAUGUUUACUAUGUGCUUGAACAUUUUCUCUGCAGUUACAUGAGUGUAAUUGUAAGAAUAGCUGUUUAACUCUUUAAAAAGAGACUUGAUGAUAGGUUUUUCCAACUUGAAGCAAUAACUUUAGGACUUACUUUCAAAGUUUAAUACUUCCCAGUAUGUCAAGUUAAACCAUUUUGGGAUGUGAAUUUCUUCAAAGGAGAAUUGUAGUAGAGAUCAACUUGAUGAAAUUGUGUUUUGAAGUUUUAUGGAUUAGUUCAAUACCAUUAAUAGCCUUGUUUGUCUUUCAUACAAGCUUUUCAUAAAGAAAAUAUUGAUUUUAUUUGCUGUUUUCUGCGAACUCCUCAGUAUGGAAAUGUUUAUUUAAAAUCUUCCCUCUUGUCAGUGGAUUAGGAAUAGGGAUAGGCAUUACAGAUUACAGUUUAAUUUGUGAGAAAGUCCUUCUUUUUAAGAUGCUUGUAACUGAGUCAGGAUAAAGGAAGGAAACUGUAUUGAUACUUCGAUACCUAAAUUUCACAAUACCACUUAGGAAAGCGAUUUUCCUCAACAAAUUACAGUUUAUGUUGUUAAACAGAGUUUUAUUUGAGAUGUAUUGCUUUAUUUUUCAAUUAAAAGUGGUUUUCUCCUA